AUGGCAACGGUUUCAAAGAUAUCGUCACUCUUAUCAUUAUCCAAACCUAAACUCAUUCACCACACCAAUUCCUUUCUCUUCCCCGCUUCAAAUCUCAGAACCCAAAGCAGCAGCAACGUCGCUACCAGACUCACAAAGAAGAAGACAGAAGCAGCACUUGCCAAGGAAAAGAGACGAACUCGUUCCGAUAAAGAACUCGACAAGGACACAAUCAUUGAGCUUUAUAACAACAACUCUCAUCUUCAUAUUCCCGUCAUGCUUUCCGAAGUCUUGGAUGUCUUCUCAAAUUGCACCUUAACCUCUUUCGUUGAUUGCACUCUUGGCGCCGCUGGCCACUCCACCAAUGUGAUUAGAGGACAUCCAGAGUUGAAGUAUUUUGUUGGGAUUGAUGUGGAUCCUGUGGCCAGCGGCGUAGCUAAAUCGCGGAUCGGUUCUGUUUUGGACGAUAGUGAGUCUAGUGUGAAAGUGUUUACCAUGUUAAGGAAUUUUAGACACAUCAAGUCUGUGCUUAGAGGAACAGGCGAGGAACACUUGGGGGUUGCGUCUAUUGAUGGCAUCUUGAUGGACCUUGGAAUGUCAUCUAUGCAGGUGGAUGAUCCUCAAAGAGGAUUUAGUGUGCUUGGUGAUGGUCCCCUUGAUAUGCGUAUGGAUCCUCAGGCAAGCCUUAAAGCAGAAGACAUACUAAAUUCUUGGCCAGAUACUGAAGUGGGCCAUAUCCUAAGGGAUUAUGGGGAAGAAAGUAAUUGGCGCACUCUGCAGAAGAAAAUUGUCCAAGCCCGUUUAGAAGGUGGAUUACAUUCCACUACCGACUUGCUGGAUCUUAUUAAGCGUGUGACUCCUGCAAUGAAAGGUGGAAGGCAAGGUUGGAUAAAGACAGCAACCCGAGUAUUUCAAGCAUUGAGAAUUGCGGUCAAUGACGAAUUGAAAACUCUCGAGGAUUCUCUCUAUUCUUGUUUUGACUGCCUUGCACCUGGGGGCAGGCUUGCUGUCAUAUCCUUUCACAGUUUGGAGGACAGAAUUGUGAAGCAAACAUUUCUUAAUAUAAUUAAAGGGAAUGAAGACAUGGGUGAAGGGGAAAGCGGCAAUGGUGAUCUGAGGAAGAUGAUUGAUGGAAUCAAAGAAAAAGAAGCAUGGAUAAAACAAGUAUUGCAUGGAUCAAAUGGAAUAGUUCUCACAAAAAGGCCAAUCACACCAUCAGAAGAAGAGGAAGAAUUGAACCGCCGAAGUAGAAGUGCAAAGCUCAGGGUUAUUCAGAAGCUUUGA